AUGGAACCAAAAUUUGCGCAGGCAGAUACAAUAAGGAAUUGUCUAUCUUGUCGCAAGAAAUUUACCUCUAUAUUCUAUUUUCCUAGGUCCUGGUGGUCAAAAUUUGUCAGUAACUCGGGCGGAUAUUUUGGGCACCAGGUUAUUCGGCAUGCAGGAAAACCGACUGAAUUUAAUACCUGGGUGUCUUUUGAAGUCAAGCAUGUCACUCAGGACAUGUCUUAUAUGUGGCCGAAGAUAAAUGUUUUCACAAAAUGGAAAUACUCGACAGAACAAACUGGAAUUCUUAUCUUCGACCCAAGUGAUCAUGUUUCUGAGUGGUUUCUAAGCCCAGCGACAGACUCUAUGAGCGAUCCAUUCUGGAUUUAUACCAACCUAGUCGAAGAGCUAGCUUCUCUGGCCGAAUCUGCCGUCAAGUCUAUAAGAGAUCAGGUUAGGCCUUCCGAGAAGGAUCCUGUACGAUUCACACACCCGUGGGAGCGUUCGCCUGAAAGUCAGCACCAAGAACUUCGAUCAAAUACUAAAAGACAAUGGGCAACCUUUAUUCAUGAAGUGGCUAGACAUGCGACCCACGUCACGGAGUCACUUGACAUUAGCAUCCAGACCAUGGAGCGUAUACUGGCACAUCAUCAUGAUUAUCUCAAGUUGGAGCAUAUAAAUAUGUCUGGAAAUGAUCACAUCCUACAAUUAUCGGAGGAUAUUCACUCCCAGUUGUCAUUCCUCCAAAGCUGUCUCGUUAGCUUGCGAUGCCGCUCAACAUCGAACGAAAAGAGACUACAAAAUGAAAUGCAAAGAGGAUACAACAGAGCUGCUCAGGAAACGGCAGAUCUUGCUCAAGUAACGGCAGAUCUUGCCCAGGAAAAUGCUGAUCUUGCGAGACUAGAUAGCGCUGCUAUGAAGAAAAUUGCUUACGUGACCCUCAUAUUUCUGCCUCCGACGUUCAUCUGCGCACUCUUCAGCAUGUCUUUCUUUAAUUUCAGCCUUGAUUCCGGGUGGUCGGUUGCGAAAGAGUUCUGGAUCUAUUGGGCUUCCGCUAUACCUACAACUCUAGUCAUAAUAUAUUUAUGGCAAUAUUUUGGUGAAACAGGCCAACAGAAUCGACUCAAGACAGAGCCCAAGCCCAUGUUUCUGGAGGAGCUUGUUUGA